GAGUUUCUGAGAUGUUUAUCUGGACAGUGUAAUCUUGUCUUAUUACUCCAACUCUCCAUUUAGCUUCUUAAACAGAGCCUGUUUGCUGAAUUUCCUCUCCAGGUUCAACACAGUCUGUCUUCAGAGCUCUCUCAAGCCUUUCCUCUUACCAUGUAUUGGUUCUGCUUGGUCAGUUUGAUUCUCUUCUCACAGCUCUGGUCAUGUCCAGCGGCUCCCAGCAGCCCAACGCCUCUAGACCCACGCUCAAUUCCCCAAGGCGAGGUGCAGUGCCCCUCCAGCUGUCUUUUACUGGUUUACAACAACGAAUCCAUGUCUGAGGAAGGACUAGUCAUGACUUCAAGAGACCUAAAUCCUGAUUACUAUGAAGCCCGGCGGGCGGGCAAUGCAGUCCAGCACUACAUCAACACCCUCUACGGGUCCCCCUUCAGGCUGUACUCGGUGACCCAAGUCCACAAGGCGAGAACCGAGGCUAUGGCUGACACAGGGAUGAAGUACUUUCUGGAGUUCUCUGUGAAGGACUGGGUUGGUGAAAGCUCAGAAUGGCAUGGCUCGGUGGAGGUGCUCUACCCCAGGGGUGAGACACAGGCUCCACCUCAGGUCCAGGGAUCCUGGGGUGGAUUACCUCAGCUCAACAUUUCAGCUAAGGAGCAAGAGUUCUACCAGCGCUACAGUGCAGCAGACAGCUCUGUGUCUGGAAAGGACAUACCAGAUAGCUAUGGUAACAUAGACCGAGAGAUGAAACCUUUCUGGCACUUGGCGCGGGUGGCCGCUAGCUUCGUCAUGCUGAACGAGUCCAAUGAGAACACGCUGUAUAACAUGGCUCAAGUGGCCAAGAUCACACAGCUGGAAACUCAAGAUGACCAGCUGAGGUUUGACUAUGAGGUUCUCCUUCACAACAUGGUUUCUCAGGAAAUUAUUCGCUGGAAGCUGCUGGUCUCCUGGUCUCCAGCAGGGGGCGUGAAAGUGUUAGAGACUGAACUGCUGCCACGAUGCCACUGCAAAUCCCCAACUCAGUGAUGCCAGCCUGCUCAGUCCCAAGAUCAAAUCCACAAUAUUUAUAUCUCAAUCAUGGCUUAAGGCAAGCUCAGCCUAUCAGUUACAUUUCUCUACCAUUGUAUCAUGUUACGGAUAUUAAUCUGCCGGUCAGGUGACAUUACAUGAGUGAUGUUACCCAAUGAGAUAAAGCAUUUUGUAUCAGCUAAUAGGAACACUGGUAAUAGUUUAUCUACCUACACAGGGACUUUGACACAUUUAGGCCCAAUCCCAUUUCUUAUUUUUACCCUUUUUUCUAUUUUUACCUUUGUUUUCAAGUGUCACCAGUGGUUGAAAUCUUCCCUGUGAAAUGGGACCCUCAAAUAAAAAGAACAUUACUUCAGCUACUGGCGCUGCUCUGUAGGCGACCCUAGGCUUUAGUUACAUUUAGGGCAUCAUAUGCCUUUAAGGGGCAUAUUUAUUAAUGCCCACCCCUUAUUCUUCAGUGAUAAGAACCGGAAGUCAGAUAAUCACCAGCUUUUUGUUUGAGUUUUUCUGUUCCUCCUUAAAUGGAGCAGCAGUCACAUUGUGGUGCUUUAAGCAUAAGAACUGCUGGACUAUUUAAGGUGGAACAGGAAAGUUAGCUUAGCUAGCUACUGAGACAUUAGCAUACUAUUAGCUUCUUAUGAAGAAAAGCACCAUAAUACAUUGAAACAACAUUAAACUAAGAUUAAUGCAAUGGUUGUCAAAUUUUUUAAUGGUGAAAAUGCUCACGUUUGUGGGUUUCUUUGGUCAUUUGUGCCUGUUUUUCUUUCUUCCUCAUAACCCAUGGCCGUCCAAAUGGAGAAAAACCUCAAUUUGGAGGGUCUUGUAGCCCUAACACUUCACCCUACCCCUCUGUUUCAACAAAAAUCGGGACACCCUACUCCUAGACGUGAACGAGGCUAAGGGUUUAGGGGUAGGGGCAAGAAGUGGAAUGGGAUUGGGCCUUAAAAAGCAAUAUGUAAGUAUUUAUGAACAGCUUAUGUCAGUGCUUGGAAUAACGAUGUAUGGCAUUCUCAACCAGGCCUCUACCAUAGAAGGUCCAUUACUGGAAAUGAUAAGAAGUAAAUGUCCUUAUGUCAAUACAGCAUCACUUACUUCUUUUGCAUACUGACAUGAUUUGUUCGUAAAUACUCAACUAAUGUUCUUUAAAUAUCUUAUUCUUUCUUUAUAUGUGUGUGAUGAAGUCCCUGUAUAGAUCCAGUAGUGUUAUGAAACACUGGUUAAUUUGUGCUGUAUGUCUCCUGUUCAGCCUAACAACAGUAGGCCACACACUUAAUGAGAUGUUAAAGGGUUCUUCAGUAUUGCCAGUGGUUAUGCUUAGAACCAUGGGUACUAUAAAGAAUCAUUUCAGGUUUAAAUGGUUCCUUGCAUUGUGCUGUAUAUGGUUCUAUAAAGCCUCAGAAGGGGUUCUUCUAUUGUUUCGAUGUCAAGCUUGUACACAGUAGAAGAACCCUUUUUGGUGCUAUAUAGAGCCAUAUGUUACGUAUUCUCCAUCAAGCUGAAGAACCAUUUCACCAUGCAAAGAACCAUUUGAGCAUGUAAAUGGUUAUAUAUAGAAAUCAUACUUCUAAAUAGACCUAUUACCUUUACUGAAGAACCAUCUUGUAUAAGAGCGUACAUUAGAGUGUGUUUUGUAACCCUACAAAGUGGCUGAGCUGUAAUCUUUCACUGUUUCUCUGCCAUGCAUGCUUUUCCAGUCCACAAGCAUAUUGAGGAAACAAUGUAGGUGCUGUAAAAGCUAGCAACAUCUGAGAAUCUCACACUGAGUGACUCCAAUAAAAGUUAUUUUAGCAGAAAA